AUGGAAGAUAUGGAAAGCAGAACCAACAAGCGAGUCAACGAACCAAAACACCUACGAAGAAAAGUGGUAUUUGUAGAUCCUGAUGACCCCGAAGCACCACAUUGGUGGCCCGCCUUGGUGGUUCCACUUAAAGAAAUCGAAAUAUUCAAGCAAAGAAUGGACUAUGAUGUACAAUACCCAGCUGAAGGAGAAAAUGUAGUUUGUUAUUUCGAAGAUGGUUCAUUUUCAAUCGUACCAGAAAAGGAUCAACUUCCUUUCGACCCAAAAUGUGAUCCAUACACUAAAUAUAUGGAAGGUCCUAAUGCAUCGAGUUUUCAAAAAGACAAGGCCGUAACGUUGGCUACACUUUAUUUUGAAAAAGGUAUUAUACCACAAUCUUUCAAAUGGCUUCAUAAAGAAGAUAAUAUUAGUGUUGGUAGUACGGCCAUGGUGGUUGGUUCUUCCGGUAAUGGUAUUAACGCGAACCAUCAGUUUGGAUCGGAUGGACCAUACAUAAACGAUGAAGAUCCAACUGAAACUAUUGUACACGAAACUAAAUCUUUUGGAAAUACGAAACGACACGCAAGAAAAGAUAGUUCUAAUAACGAUCAUGCGAAUGUCAACAAAAAGGAUGGACAGAAAAGAGAAAAUGGUGGGACUACCCAACGAAAAAAUAGCAUUGGUGGUCCAACCAGGAAAAAUUCUGGUCCAAUUGCGGGAAAUCCAACCUCGCGAACCAUGAAAGCAAAACAUAAUAAGACAUCAGGAAAUACACGACAACUAUCCGCAAAUUUCACUACAAAACAUUCUUCAGUUAAUCAAUCUAUAAAUCAUAAUAAUUUAUCUUCCACACAAUCAACAAAAUCCAUAAAUUUUAGUACCUCUGCAACUACGCCAAUAUCGUUUGGUGCAUCAAAUCCCGUAGCGGUUACGGAACGCAUCUCUACUACGUCACGAAUAAAAGCAUGUUCACAAUGUGGAGAGAAAGCCAGCUCAGCGAAAGCCGCAGGUGGAUCAGAACUAACUCACACACAAAGUCACGGUGUUUUGUGUAGUGAAUGUGGUGAAUUAAUGAAUUCGUUAGUAAUAAAAGAUGGUGAUGUUGUGAUGGAAAAUGAUCAAUAUUUUAAACAUUUUAUUGAGAAAAAACGUAGACAACCUGAACGACUCUGGAGUAUAAAAGAUGUUGAGAAAGUUGAGAUGAGCAUUCUAUAUGGAAAAUUACCGGUUAGUAAGCGACAAAGGUGGUUAGAUAAAUCUGAAGAUAUAAUGGAGUUAACAAAACAAUUUGAAGAUUAA